UUGGGGAGUCAUCUCAGAAGUGAGGCCAGCACAGACUGAGUGAGAGUGGUCCCAAAGUGGAAGGGUACCCAGGGAGGAAACCCUACAGUGAGGCCUAGGCUGGUCAGGGAGGCACCCCCCAUGGGGGAAGCCUCUCCCUGGUGGUCGUUGGAGCCAUGCUGUCCCGCAAGGGCAUCAUCCCUGAGGAAUAUGUGCUGACGCGACUGGCAGAAGACCCUGCGGAGCCCCGGUACCGUGCCCGUGAGCGGAGGGCCCGCUUCGUGUCCAAGAACGGCAACUGCAACGUGGCCCACAAGAACAUCCGGGAGCAGGGCCGCUUCCUGCAGGAUGUAUUCACCACGCUGGUGGACCUCAAGUGGCCGCACACGCUGCUCAUCUUCACCAUGUCUUUCCUCUGCAGCUGGCUGCUCUUCGCCAUGGUCUGGUGGCUCAUCGCCUUCGCCCACGGCGACCUGGCCCCUGGCGACCUGGCCCCCAGCGAGGGCACCAUUGUGCCCUGCGUCACCAGCAUCCACUCUUUUUCAUCUGCCUUCCUUUUCUCCAUUGAGGUCCAGGUAACCAUUGGUUUCGGCGGGCGCAUGGUGACUGAGGAGUGCCCACUGGCCAUCCUGAUCCUUAUAGUGCAGAACAUUGUGGGGCUCAUGAUCAAUGCCAUCAUGUUGGGCUGCAUCUUCAUGAAGACGGCGCAGGCCCACCGAAGGGCCGAGACUCUCAUCUUCAGCAAGCACGCGGUCAUCGCCGUGCGCCAUGGCCGCCUCUGCUUCAUGCUGCGUGUGGGCGACCUUCGCAAGAGCAUGAUCAUCAGCGCCACCAUCCGCAUGCAGGUGGUGCGCAAGACCACCAGCCCUGAGGGCGAGGUGGUGCCUCUCCACCAGGUGGACAUCCCUAUGGAGAACGGCGUGGGUGGCAACAGCAUCUUCUUGGUGGCUCCCCUCAUCAUCUACCACGUCAUCGAUGCCAACAGCCCACUCUACGACUUGGCGCCCAGUGACCUGCACCACCAUCAGGACCUCGAGAUCAUCGUCAUCCUGGAAGGUGUGGUGGAAACCACAGGCAUCACCACCCAAGCCCGCACCUCCUACCUGGCGGACGAGAUCCUGUGGGGCCAGCGCUUUGUGCCGGUUGUGGCCGAGGAGGAUGGCCGCUACUCCGUGGACUACUCCAAGUUUGGCAACACCGUCAAAGUGCCCACGCCACUCUGCACAGCCCGCCAGCUUGAUGAGGACCGCAGCCUGCUGGACGCCCUAACCCUCGCUUCUGCCCGUGGGCCACUGCGCAAGCGCAGCGUGGCCGUGGCCAAGGCCAAGCCCAGGUUUAGCAUCUCUCCGGAUUUCCUGUCCUGA